AAAAUCUACCGUAGAGUUGCUCUGUUGUUUUUAUUUUAUUUAAAUUUAUUUCCGGGCCAAAGACAUGUACAAAAAUGCACUAAAAGGCGGUAUUCGCACGGCCAAGCAGGCUUGGAAGUUAAAGAACGAACUGGGCAAACUCAACUUGGACUUGGCCAAGGCAAAUUCCGAUUUCGAACAGCAUUUGUGUGAAGCUGCCAGAUCUUUAGAGUGUUGCUACCUCCCCGCCAGAAACGCACAGAAACACCCCUUGUUGCUACUAAAAACAGCGAAACCAGGCGAUAACAACAAAAGUUACUCCUCCUCCUUCAGUAUCGUUGCUAACCAUUAUCGGCAAACUCCACUUAACCCACCGGAGAACCCAAAGAACCCGGGAAGAACAGGAGAUAAGACAUCUUUUUUCCAAGCAGAAAGCGGCCACCUCAACGCGCUAAUCUCCUCCAAGCAAUUUGUGAAGGUGCAGAAGCAGUUCUACCGGGAUUACUCUUGUGUGUCGCUAGGAGCACCUCUUAAAAGCAGUGACGCUCCCUUACUAGGAGACCUUUGCAGCCAGUAUCGUGCCAUCCUAGCUCACACUUCAGCGGACGUUUUACCUCUCGGAGAUCAUCAUCAUCCGGGGUGUAAUCUUCAGCAGAUCAGGCGAGCACAUCAGCUACUCAGCAAGGCGGAGCAACUGGAGCAGGAGCGCAAGAUGGCCCAGAAGGCAAAGUUCGAGAGGCUGCCCACCAAUGUGGUGCCACGGCACUACGAGCUCCUCCUGCAGCCCAAUCUCAAGGAGUUCACUUUCACAGGAAAGACCAUAGUGCAAGUCAAUGUCAAGGAGCCCACCACACAGAUAACCCUGAAUGCCCUGGACAUUGUUCUCGAUUCGGUGGAACUCCAGUACGAGUGCAGCAAGUUGAAGCCCGAGAAGAUUGUCUACUCGGCGGAGAAUGAGACUGCGACGCUGGAGUUUGCCCAGGAGAUUCCGGCGGAGACUCAGGGCGUCCUGCACAUGUCCUUCACGGGCGAGUUGAACGACAAGAUGAAGGGUUUCUACAGGAGCAAGUAUUUCGGACCCAACGGCGAGGAGCGCUAUGCGGGAGUCACCCAGUUCGAGGCCACCGACGCCAGGCGCUGUUUCCCCUGCUGGGAUGAGCCGGCUAUUAAGGCUACGUUUGAUAUCACACUGGUGGUGCCCAAGGAUCGGGUGGCGCUGUCCAAUAUGCCCGUCCAGAAGGAGGACUCCCUGCCCGACGGUCUGCGGCGUGUGCGCUUCGAUCGCACGCCCAUCAUGUCCACCUACCUGGUGGCCGUCGUCGUCGGCGAAUACGACUAUGUGGAGGGCAAGUCCGAUGACGGGGUGCUCGUCAGGGUCUUCACGCCGGUUGGCAAGCGGGAACAGGGCACCUUUGCCUUGGAGGUGGCCACCAAGGUGCUGCCCUACUACAAGGACUACUUCAACAUUGCCUAUCCGCUGCCCAAAAUGGAUCUGAUUGCCAUCUCCGACUUCUCCGCCGGCGCCAUGGAGAACUGGGGCCUGGUCACCUACCGCGAGACCUUCGUGCUGGUGGAUCCCAAGAACACCUCGCUGAUGCGCAAGCAGUCGAUUGCCCUGACUGUGGGUCACGAGAUUGCCCACCAGUGGUUCGGCAAUCUGGUUACCAUGGAGUGGUGGACCCACCUGUGGCUAAACGAGGGCUACGCCUCCUUUGUAGAAUUCCUCUGCGUGCAUCACCUCUUCCCCGAGUACGACAUUUGGACGCAGUUCGUCACUGACAUGUACACGCGUGCCCUGGAGCUGGACUCCCUCAAAAACUCGCAUCCCAUCGAGGUGCCCGUCGGUCAUCCCUCCGAAAUCGACGAGAUCUUCGAUGAGAUCAGCUACAACAAGGGUGCCUCGGUGAUUCGCAUGCUGCACGACUACAUCGGCGAGGCGGACUUCAAGAAGGGCAUGAAUCUGUAUCUCAAUCGGCAUCAGUAUGGCAACACCUGCACCGAGGAUCUGUGGGCUGCUCUGCAGGAGGCCAGCUCCAAGAAUGUGGGCGAGGUGAUGACCUCGUGGACGCAGCACAAGGGCUUCCCAGUGGUCAGCGUGGAAUCGGAGCAGGUGGGCAAGAAUCAACGUCUGCUGCGCCUGAAGCAGUGCAAAUUCACAGCCGAUGGUUCGCCAGCGGAUGAGAAUUGCCUGUGGGUGGUGCCCAUUUCGGUGUCCACCUCGAAGAAUCCCACAGGAAUUGCCAAGACCUUCCUGCUGGACAAGACCGCCAUGGAGGUGACCCUCGAGAAUGUCGACGAGGACGAUUGGAUCAAGAUAAAUCCGGGAACGGUGGGCUACUACCGCACUCGCUACUCGAAGGAGAUGCUGGAACAACUGAUGCCGGCGGUGGAGAAGAUGGAACUGCCGCCGCUGGAUCGUCUAGGAUUGAUCGAUGACAUGUUUGCCAUGGUCCAAGCGGGUCAUGCCAGCACCGCCGAGGUCUUGGCUCUCGUAGAUUCCUACAGGAACGAGACGAACUACACGGUUUGGACGGCCAUCACCAAUUCGCUGACCAAUCUGCACAUCCUCAUCUCGCACACCGACCUCAUGGAGGAUUUCCAUCGAUUUGGCCGCAAUCUCUACGAGCCGGUGGCCCAGAAACUAAGCUGGGAGCCGCGCGAUGGCGAGAAUCAUCUGGACACUUUGCUCAGGAGCCUGGUGCUCACGCGGCUCGUCUCGUUCCGCAGCGAGGAUACCAUCGAGGAGGCGCAGCAACGCUUCCGCGGGCAUGUUAAUGGCACCAGUCCGCUGCCCGCCGAUCUGCGCACCACCUGCUACAAAGCGGUGCUGCAGGAUGGCGACGAGAAGAUCUUCGAGGAGAUGCUCGAUCUGUACCGGGCCACCGAUCUGCACGAGGAGCAGGAUCGCAUUUCGCGAGCUUUGGGAUGCUGCGGGGAUGUUAAGCUGUUGCGACGCGUCAUUGACUUUGCCAUGUCGGGAGAAGUGAGGGCCCAGGAUGCUGUCUUUGUUAUCGUCGCCGUGGCCAUCAAUCCCAAGGGACGUGACAUGGCCUGGGACUUUUUCAAGGAGAACAACAAAAAGUUGCUGGAACGCUACCAGGGCGGCUUCCUACUCUCCCGACUGAUCAAGUAUCUCAUCGAGAACUUUGCCUCCGAGGAGCGCGCCAAGGAGGUGGAGGAGUUCUUCCAGACCAACCAGAUACCCGGCUGCGAGCGCACCGUUUCCCAGGCGGUGGAGACGAUCCGCCUGAAUGCCGCCUGGCUGCAGCGGGAUCGCGAGCAGCUGGCCCUGUUCCUGCGGGAUGAUGAAUAAAUGAUUAUGGCGCUCGCCAGCAUACCAAAGCAUUUAAGCAACGCAGCACCAGUAACCCGUAACCAGGUCAUCAUGAUAGUAAACUACAAACUAAUAUCUCCAUAACACCACCAACACCACACGACCAAAGCCGUCACAAAUGCAAGCGAAAUCCCCGAAGAAGAUGAGAGCCAAAUAGGUUAGCUUUAGUCAAGGAUGAUCCACCUAUAUAUAUCUAUAUAUCUAUUGACUACUCGCCCUAAAAGAGGGCGACCCCUAGCAGCAUUUAAGACCCCGUAAGCUUAUCGAAUGUGUAUUGCCAUUCAACUUUUCUAUCCCCUGGAAAUUAUGUACGUGUUGAGUUUAUUACGAUUAAUAAAUGCAAUUUCUAGUAAGAGUAAAAAA